AUGGCGGCCAUUGCGGGCUCGCCACCUCUGGCAGCCCCGCCAAGGUCCUUUUCUGAUCUAGUUUCCGCAGUUCCCCAGCCACUUCCGGAGAUGGAAGUCCCUUUCCGUUACCCUAAAACCAUUGAUGGUGAAAUGGUCUUCACGUUUACAGCGGAGGAGAUUGAGAAAACUGCUCAACCGUUUCGGUAUUCUAUUGUCCUUAAAUUCCUCCGACAGAGACCUUCACUCGAUGCUGUACGUUCUUUUAUUCGCAGCCGAUGGGGACUGUCUAACAUGCCAGUGAUUUCUGCUAUGCAACGACCGCGACAUGUUUUUGUUCGGAUGGCCAACGAAGUAGAUUUCUGUAAGGCUUUGUCCAGAGAGUCAUGCGAGAUUAAUGGAGUUUUCUACCGUCCUUUUGCGUGGACACCGGAUUUUGAUGAAAGUUUUGAACCGCCGUGUGUCCCGGUUUGGGUGUUUUUACCAGGUCUCCCUCCAAAUCUUUAUCAGCCUUCGGUUUUAAAGAUGCUCACUGCACCAAUAGGAAGCUUCGUCCGAUGUGAUAACUCUACGGUUUGUGCGACGAGAACAGAUGGGGCUCGGGUUUGUCUUCAAGUUGAUUCUUCAAAGGAGCCAAUUUCUCAUUUUUGGAUCGGUAAACCCGGGGUUCCAUGA